AAUCCAUCAAAAUAUAAACAAACAACGGAGCAAAAUAAACGUAGCUCAGAAUCGGCUGUUCGCGUUCGUUUUACUUUUGUUACCUUUAUUCUGCGUCGUACAAAAAGUGGCCGUGUAUCGAGUGUUUUUUUCAAUUUGAUCACUUCAACAGCACAAUGAGCGAUUCGAAGAAGAAAACGGGAAACAUCCUGUCCAAUGUGGGCCCACCCUCCGAGCUGCCCAGCUUCAUUACGGCGAACGUGGCAGCACCACCAGCUGGUGCGGAAAGUGUGCCGCCUGCCGCCCCGAUGGUCACCGCAGACGAUACGACGAAGAGGGAGGAAACGGAUCCGUUCAUACCGACCACGUUCAGUCCGGCGAUUCCUGCCAGCAAGGACACGUCGCAGUUUACUGCCGAUCAGGCAAUGGCGGCCGCUGCUGGUGUGCGCCCGGCCGAGCCGACGCUGCCCGACCAGUCCGUGGGGAGAGAUUUUGCUAGCAUGAUCCUGAACCCGGAACCGGUCGCGGCGGCCCUUAGCCCCAUCACUCAGAGCGGCUCGGCCCUGUUCGGGUGGAUGAAGGGUGCCGUGUCGGGCAGUGGCAUUCUGCAGAAGGUGGCCGAAAAGGCGAAGAACUCGGUCGACACGAUCGUUACCACGCUGGACCCGCAGAUGAAGGAAUACAUAAAUUCCGGUGGCGAUACGGAGGUGAUUGUGGCAUCGGACAAAGACGACAAGGUUCGCCCGAUACGGGAAGCAUUUCAGACAGUAUUUGGCAAGGCCACCAUCAUUGGCCUAGCCGCCCAAGCGGUUGGCAUUGCCGCCCAGCCAGUUGGGUUUGCCGCCGGCCUAAAGGGUGCCGAGCAUCGUAUCAACAGCAUCCGGGCUGAAAAUCCCCGCGUGGACGAUCAUCUGCCGGUGGUGGCGGUGGAGAACUUUGUCGUAGAACUCUUUCCCGACCAAUGGUUCGAGGCCGGUGCGAUUGUACUGUUUGAUUAUGCGAAAAAUAUCCUCCUGAAAACGGUGACGCAGAUGACGCCCAUACCGCUGCCGGUCAUUGCUGCCCUGCAAGCCGACACACCGGAGGAUUAUAUGCUGAAGGAUACCGGAUUCGCCACUACGGUCGGUAGCGUUAUGGCCAGGAAUCUGAAUACCUCACACACCGAAUGGCACCGUUCGUACACGUCCGUGUCCCGCUCGGAGAUGAUACUGACCGCGGCCAAAACGAUAGCGACACUGUACAAGCAUGCCGUGCUCGACUACGAACUUACCGUGGCGUCGCAGGUGGAUUCAGCAGUGGGAGCAACGGCCGGACCAUCCACUACCGGCGGCGAUGGCGGCGAUGGUACACCCCAACCGGCGGAAUAAGAAUUAAUGUUCACCAUCAUUAGGGCUUGCCACUGUAAUCAGUACUGAGCUGGUGCUGCCCCCAGAGGACCUGCGAGCUACAGCCGGAUGGACAAAUGAAUUAAGCACAUCGUGUGUGGUGGAAGCGUUUUCGUGACGAUCGUAGUCCAAGAUAUUGCAAAAGAAGGGGUUUUGUGAAGAGCUGAUCGCUUGUUCCACACAAGAUGAUGGCGGCAACGGUUAGCAUUUAGAGGAGCUCUUCACCUUCUUUUACAGACCCAUAUCGAGAAAGACAAGGUAUAAUGGAAAAAGUAUCGACCAACAAUCCCAUUGGGAGUGAACAGCAGCAAGAAAGGAGUGAAAAAGUACACACAAGUUUUAAUGUUCGUUUGGGUGGCGCCCGUUACGUGACGGUGUAGAAUAAGAGAAUCCUUUUUUUAUUGUUUUGACCCUCUCCUUCCGAGACACCGAGAUUCCCUUUUGCCCGAGUUGCGAAUGGGAAAAUCGGCAUGAUUUUCAAUUUAUUGAUUCAACCCAUGAGAUUUAACCGACCGACCCGGAUCACACAAGAAUCGCACGGCAUUGCCUGCUGAAUAGGAUCGCGUGAAUCUCGUACGCUCGAAAGAUGUGACAGAGAGAGAGAGAGAGGUAAUUUCUUGAAGGUGUCGAGCGUGCGCUUAUCAAAAUUAUACGACCAUAGUUUAUUAUAUAGCACUCGUUGAAACUGUAAGCCUAUUAUCUUAAUAAUCACCAGUAAUAAAACGCAAACUGUAAGCAGCCAUUCUUAAACAAAUGGAACGAAAUGAAA